CAAGAGAAAAAAAAAAACAGGUCGUUGUCUGUUGAUAGAGGAACGAGGGUCCCUGGAUCGGGGUGGCUGCUUCCGCCGACACCUGGGCUUGUACUGGAGGGGGCGCGGGCGGUGAGCUUCUGAGUCACGUGUGGGCAGAGCGGGGCCCCCGGAGUCUGGAAGGCUGUGGCUGGACUCUGGGGAGGAGCCCGGCCAGCCUGGACUCAGCUGACCACAUCAAUUGCCCGUCCUUCGCAGGUGCCCACGGGGUCACCAGAGGGGCCCUUGGGCUCUUCCAAGGCGGGUUAGCACUAGGACCCGUGUGCGAGGGGCUCGGAGCAGCCUGUUUGUCCAUCCAGCAGAUACAUGUUGACUGACCACACAGUGCCACAGGGCCCUGAGACAUCCCUGCCCUGAGCCCCCGCUCCAGCCCCCAGCUCGGGGAUGCUCCCAGCCCGUGGGGACAGGUCAGGGGGGCUCGGCCAGAGCCGGAGCAGUGGGCAGACAGUGGGGCCUGCAGGCAGGAGGGCAGGGCCAGGCCGAGCUGAGGGUCCCGGUGGGGCCCUCACUGAGCAGGGGGCCGGGGGGUGGACCCAGGGAACUCUCGGUCACUGGAUCCUUCCCACCUGGACCACCUCCAGGCAGGGCUCCCCUACCCACUCUGGUGCCAGGCACAGGGGGCAGUGCAGGGCCAGCUGUACCGUGAGGGCCAGGUGGGCGCUAGGCGUGGCCACAUUGCCUGGCCCGUUUCCUGAAGAUGACACCAUCUGCCCACAGGGCCCUCGUGGAACAGGUGAAUUCAGCUCAGUUACGUGCCUCGGUGGUGUCUCCUGUGAGGGGCUGCUCUGUGACACGGGCUCCUGGGCUCCUUCUGGGCAGGGCCGCUGGGUGCCGGGUCUGUCCCCUGGUGUUUUACUUGGAUUGCAAUGGGGUCCUUGGCCUUGCAAGACUCACAGGGGCAAAAACCGCAGACCAGAGAGGUUGUGUGGUUUGCCUGAGGUCACACAGCAAUGAGCAUGGACCCAUUUAUCGGUGGCUGCAGGCUUCUGCCCCUGCCCUGUCUUCACAGCGGAAAUGUCAGAAAAGGAGAACAACUUCCCCCCGCUGCCCAAGUUCAUCCCCCUGAAGCCCUGCUUCUACCAGAACUUCUCUGACGAGAUCCCUAUCGAGCACCAGGUCCUGGUGAAGAGGAUCUACCGCCUGUGGCUGUUCUACUGCGCCACCCUGGGCGUCAACCUCAUCGCCUGCCUGGCCUGGUGGAUCGCCGGCGGCUCGGGAGCCAACUUCGGUCUGGCCCUGGUCUGGCUGCUGCUCUUCUCCCCCUGCGGCUACGUGUGCUGGUUCCGGCCCGCAUACAAGGCCUUCCGAUCUGACAGCUCCUUCAAUUUCAUGGCGUUUUUCUUCAUCUUCGGAGCCCAGUUCAUCCUGACCGUCAUCCAGGCUAUUGGCUUCUCGGGAUGGGGCGCAUGUGGUUGGCUGGCCGCGAUUGGGUUCUUCCAGACCAGUGUCGGGGCCGCCGUGGUCAUGCUGCUUCCGGCCAUCAUGUUCUCCAUGUCGGCCGCCAUGAUGGCCAUCACAAUCAUGAAGGUGCACAGCAUCUACCGCGGGGCUGGCGGGAGCUUCCAGAAGGCGCAGACGGAGUGGAGCACAGGCGCCUGGCGGAAUCCGCCGUCCCGGGAGGCCCAGUACAACUUCUCGGGGAACAGCCUGCCUGAGUACCCCACCGUGCCCAGCUACCCGGCCAGCGGCAGCCAGUGGCCUUAGGGGGAGUCCGGCGGCCCCGCUGCCCGCCCUCCACCGGCCCACCUGCCCCUCGCCAUCCACUCCCACUGCCCUGGGUUUGGUGAGGCCCCACUGCCAGCCGGGACGGCAGACCCGGGGGCUCUCGGGGACCCGCCCCCGCAUUCACCUCACUCCCGAGAGCAGGGCUCCCUGCGGGCUCUGCCCAGAAGCUGGCCGGCCGCCGCCGUCAGCAGAAGGCCACCCCCUGUGGCCCCGAAUGCGUUUAGUCACCGUGACGUCCACUGUGCUGCAGCCACCCU